CAACAAGUAGAAGCACAGUCGCAACACAAAAAAAAAAAAACCACCAAAAUUCACUCUCAAAUUAUGCUGGCCAUGUCGACCUUAAUGAUGCCCGCGCCGACUAUAGCCAUGGGGGCCCCGCAGAUCACGAUGGGCCCCCACAAGCCACCGGAAACGAAAUUGCUUGCCAUACAUCCAGCUGCAGCAGCAGCAGCCGCUGCCGCCCAGCAACAGCAACAGCAAUCCGUGACAGCUGCUCAUCUGCAGCACAAUGGCCAACAGCAACAUCCACAACAGCAGCAGCAGCAACAACAACAGCAUCAACAGCAGCAGCAAAUGCAACAGCAGCAAUCGAAUGCACAGCAGCAGCAGCAAAUUGUUGGCAGCAACUCAAAACCAGAACAGUUUCACAUCUUCGUGGGCGAUUUGAGUGCCGAGAUUGAAACACAACAGCUUAAGGAUGCAUUCACGCCAUUUGGAGAAAUAUCAGACUGUCGAGUUGUGCGCGAUCCACAGACGCUGAAAUCAAAGGGUUAUGGAUUCGUGAGCUUUGUCAAGAAAUCGGAAGCGGAAACCGCCAUCACAGCCAUGAACGGACAAUGGCUUGGCUCACGUUCGAUACGCACAAACUGGGCCACACGAAAACCGCCGGCCACCAAGGCAGACAGUAAGUAUUCCACUUCGCACUCAAUCAAUAAACAAAUUUCGAGUCGUGAACUGAUUUCAUUUACUUGUGUGACACUCGCAGUGAAUGUCAAGCCGUUGACCUUUGAUGAGGUGUACAAUCAGAGCAGCCCCACAAACUGCACCGUCUACUGCGGCGGCAUCAACGGUGCUCUCUCUGGCUUCCUCAACGAGGACAUCUUGCAGAAGACAUUCUCGCCCUAUGGCACAAUACAGGAGAUUCGUGUGUUCAAGGACAAGGGCUAUGCAUUUGUGCGAUUCUCCACUAAAGAGGCUGCCACACAUGCCAUCGUGGCGGUCAAUAAUACGGAAAUUAACCAGCAACCGGUGAAGUGUGCGUGGGGCAAAGAGAGCGGCGAUCCAAAUCAUAUGUCGGCCAUAGCGGGCCAAGCACUGGCACAAGGCUUUCCAUUUGGCUCAGCCGCAGCUGCGGCCGCUGCAGCCGCUGCCUAUGGGCAGCAAGUGGCCGGCUACUGGUAUCCACCGGCACCAACAUAUCCCACAGCGGCACCGGCUAGCGCCUUACAGCCGGGCCAGUUUCUGCAGGGCAUGCAGGGCUUUACCUACGGUCAAUUUGCGGGCUAUCAGCAGGCCAGCUACAUGGGCAUGGGCGUUCAGUUGCCGGGCACUUGGCAGAGUGUGCCGCCACAGCCGCAGUUAACCAGCGCUGCGGCCGCUGCAGCGCCACAGAUCACACAGAGCGUGGGCGGUGCAUUGCCUCAGGCAGCUGGCGUUGUGGCCUAUCCUAUGCAACAGUUUCAGGUUAGUCCGCAGCUGGCGGAGGACGAAUGGUUGGCGCCCAGUUUGCUGGUGUAGCUGCCAUGAGCGGUGGCCAUGUAUCCCACCCAACAACAACAACAACAACACCAACAGCAGCAGCAGCAGCAACAGCAGCAGCCACAACAACAGCAAGAGCA